GUUGGACCCAGUCUUCCAUUGUAUCAUCAAUGAUUCUGCAAGCUUGACGCCAGCACAGUCUGUCAUUGCCGAAGAAGUUUUUAGUUUCAUCAAUGAAGAGAUCAUCAAGUUGAGAAAUCCUUAAAGAGCCAAAGUCAUGUCUGCUGAAAGUAAUUCAAAACGUAUGUCAAACAGAGGAGCAAGAAGUGUUAGUCAUGAAAAUGUUCUUAUAGCUUGUUUGGCGAAAACAAUUGAUAACCCUUUCCAUCCUGAAACAAACCCCGAUGGAAUUAUAAACAUCGGCACAAGUGAGAACAAGCUUGUCAAAGAUAUCUUAACAGAAAGGUUCUCAAAAGUCCGCCAUGAUGAUAUGCCUGACCGUUACAUGGAGUGUGGUGGCAAGCGAGGACUUCCUGAGUUCAGACAGUCACUGGAAACAUUUCUAAACAAGUACAUGAAGCCAGCAGAGCCCUUCGAAAAAGACAAUUUGUAUGUGUACAAUGGAUGUGGAUCAGCUAUUGAGAUGCUUGCAUUCGCAAUAUGUGACGAUGGAGACUGCUUGUUGGUGCCUUCACCUUAUUAUGGAACAUUUGAAACAUAUGUCGAAUGGCGCAUGGGUGUCAAAAUAUAUCCUGUAGAUCUUUCAAGUGAGGUGAAUGAAGCCUUUGGAGAAAGCGGGCCAUUUGAAUUGUCGGUAGGCAGGUUGGAGAAAGCUUACGAAAAAGCAAAGUCUGAGGGCUUCAAUGUGCGUGGCUUGCUCAUGUCUAACCCAAUCAAUCCUCUUGGCAAAAUAUACACAAAGAGCCAACUGGAAGGAUUUUUCAAAUUUGCCAACACAAACAAUCUUCAUUUCAUUCUCGAUGAGAUCUACUUCUUAUCAGUUCAUGAUGGUACUACUACCCCAGGUCGGAGUAUUGUAGAUGCUAUAGACCCAAAGCUGCUUCAUAUUGUUUGGGGUUUCAGUAAAGAUUUCGCAAUUUCGGGAUACAGAUGUGGCUUGGUGCAUACGGUAAACGAGGAAGUUGAGAAGGUUCUUAACGCAAAUGCCAAUUUCUACGGCGUUCCAACACCCAUACAGUUCUUGCUGAAAUCAAUAAUUGACGAGAAUGACUGGCUGGAUAGUGUUUAUUUCCCAACAAACAUAAAGAGAAUGCAAGCUGCACGGAGCCAUGUUUGCAAAGAGCUCACUGAUCUGGGAAUCUCAUUUUUAGCUCCAGCUGGAGGGUUUUUUAUUUGGGUAGACAUGCGGAAUUAUGUGAAGCCUUUAUCAAAAGAAGGUGAAAUGAAACUUUUGAAUGCAUUCCUCGAUAACGGCGUGUACAUAUGCCCAGGAUUAGCAUUUCAUUCCAAGGAAUCUGGCUGGUUUAGGAUUAUUUUCACGUCACCUGAUGAAUACCUUCUUCCAGCUAUUCAGAGAGUGAAAUACGUUUUACAGAAUUUCAAAAAAAAUUUCAAAAAUCAGAAAUACAUGAAUGAAUUGUUUUUUAAUUGGGUGACUAAAUCAUAGCGAGAAUCGUUUGCUGUAAUCAGGGUUUUACAAUAGAAGAAAAUAUGUAAACUAUAUUACAUCUCUUCGAUGGAAAAUUUGGAUGCUUAAAAUGAAACGAUUUCAGUCGAUGGUCUCAGCCCUUGAAGUGCUCAAACGAGAAAGGGCGAAGUAAAACUCAGGUCGACCUGAAUUCGUUUCAGUUUUUCAGACCGGUCUGAAAUUUCAGGUCGACUUGAAAUCCACAUGAGCCGAAAUUUUUUCAAAUCGGGACGAAAUGAAACUUUUGGAGAAAAACAAAUUACGCUUUGAUAUGCAAAGUACAUGAUGCAUACUUGAUGAUUUUGGCGCCAUUUGACCACUGAUUUGACCAAUGCCUGUAUCUGCACGAUUGUUUACUCGAGACAUCAAUUGAAGAAGCAAAAUAAAAUUA